ACUCGAACGGAAGUUCCGGCGGGGGCGGCCGAGGGGGAAGAGUGUGUGUCUGUGGGAGAAAGAGAAUUGCCCGAGCGGUCGCGGAAGCCCCAGGGAGCGAGGCCCAGCCUGCAGGGAGCCCUGCAGUGUAUGUGUGGUAACACCAUGUCUGUGCCCCUGCUCACCGACGCUGCCACCGUGUCUGGAGCUGAGCGGGAAACGGCCGCGGUGAUUUUUCUACAUGGACUGGGAGACACAGGGCACAGCUGGGCUGACGCCCUCUCCACCAUCCGGCUCCCUCACGUCAAGUACAUCUGUCCCCAUGCGCCUAGGAUCCCUGUGACACUCAACAUGAAGAUGGUGAUGCCCUCCUGGUUUGACCUGAUGGGACUGAGUCCAGACGCCCCAGAGGAUGAGGCUGGCAUCAAGAAAGCCGCAGAAAACAUCAGGGCCCUGAUCGAGCAUGAGAUGAAGAAUGGGAUCCCUGCCAACCGAAUCGUCCUGGGUGGCUUUUCACAGGGCGGGGCCCUGUCCCUGUACACAGCCCUCACCUGCCCCCACCCUCUGGCCGGCAUCGUGGCAUUGAGCUGCUGGCUGCCUCUGCACCGGAACUUCCCCCAGGCAGCCAAUGGCAGUGCCAAGGACCUGGCCAUCCUUCAGUGCCAUGGGGAGCUGGACCCCAUGGUGCCAGUACGGUUUGGGGCCUUGACAGCUGAGAAGCUCCGGUCUGUGGUCACCCCUGCCAAGGUCCAGUUCAAGACAUACCCAGGCGUCAUGCACAGCUCCUGUCCGCAGGAGAUGGCAGCUGUGAAAGAGUUUCUCGAGAAGCUGCUGCCUCCAGUCUAACCAGAGUUGUGGCCCCCAGUACGGUUCCCCAGCUCACAGGGGACCCAGCAAGCAAGUGUGGCACCAUCUUGGAUCUGAGCCGGUCGAGCCCUCGUUCUCCCCUCUCCGCCCCAUCCUAUUCCCACAGGCCUCUGGGGCAGGCGGCCAAGGCCUGGCCAGGCCUUCCUUCCUGGCCCCGGGCACCUGGCAGUCUGCAGCAGGGUGGGCUGCUUCCUUACCCUGCUUCCCCAGAGGCGGGCCCGGCAGCAGUGUCGGAGGGGCUGUAGGCAGCGGGAGAAGGGCCCAGCCGCUGACCCACUCACUCAGGACCUCAUUCACUAGCCCCGCUUUGGGCCCCCUCCUGCGACCUCAGGGUUUGGCCCUUGGGGCCCUCCCAGGCCCCACCCCAGUGGUUCUGCCCCGAUAAUCAUGUGUGUCUCCUGCCUCACUGCAGCUGCUUCUCAAUCAUGAAUGUGUCCAUGGCCCGCGGCCCCUUGCUGCUGUGGGCUGCCCGCCCUCGGGCAGGAUGUGGGUGAGGAGGUGGCGUCCUUCAAGGGCCUUCCCUCAGCGUCCCCCGCUUGGGGGCUGGGCCCUGCCGCGCCUUACCCUCCCUUGAAGGCCUGGAGCCUUUGAGGGUGGAUUGAGGCUCAAGGUCUCCCCUGGCUCUGUCACCCCACUGUGUCCCCACUCUAGGGCCAGGGAGGCAGUGGGAGAGGAGUCGUGUCUCGUCUUCUGUCUCCAUGUGGUUUUGAGCGUUUUUCUUGUUGUGUCCUGGAUUCCGAUAAAAUUAAAAGAAAUUGCUCCCUCAA